GAUUUGGGCGCCGUUGUCAGGAAGCAAUAAAUUGCUUUGAUUAUAUCAGGGCUGUUUGUUUAACUUCUUACAAAGAGCAUGUGGUUUUAUAGGAGUGUGUGUGUGUUAGGGUGGGGGAAGUGAAAUUUGAAUAUUGCUUCAAGAGUGCAUCUCACUUCUGCUUACACUCUGGGUAGGCCAGCCUGUGCGGUUAAGUAAUGUGUCACGAGAAUAAACGACAGACUUUUGACAAAAAACAAGCACGUUUGUUAACUGCAGAUUUAACAUAGCACUUUAUCAUUUGAACCUGAACAGCCACAAAACAGGACCUGAGUUGGAUUCUCUCAUAACAGACUUAUGGGCGUGAUGGACUCCAUCAUAUGGGUCAUGCCCGUCCUCUUAGGAUGCCUACCCUGUUCACUCAGCUCGGACAUGAGCACCACCAUUGUGUAUUUGUCCUCACAGAACCUGUCUUCUGUACCUGAUUGGCUUUCCCCAUCCACAGAGGCCUUGGACCUCUCAUGCAAUCACAUUCAAGCUCUGGGCGAAGAGGAUUUCCAUCAAACAUCCAGGUUAUGGUUCCUCAACCUUUCCUACAAUGCGAUAGAGAGAAUUGAUCAGGAGGUUUUUCGCUCUACCCAGUACCUAGAACUUUUGGAUCUGUCCCAUAACAAGCUCCACAGCCUUUUAGAUCAGAGAUACCUACUGAUGACUCCAAACCUAUGGUAUUUGGAUCUGAGUUUCAAUGAAUUUGUUAAUAUGACCCUUGGAGUUGAAUUUUCAAAUCUUGGAAAGUUGGAAGAUUUGGGAUUAAGUGCAGGAGUGAUACAGGAUGAAGACUUCGUAAAUAUACAGAGACUUCACCUAAACAGUUUGACCCUGUAUGUGUCAGUCGGCACCAGCUACGAAGGUGGGAGCCUCACAAAUGUAGAUUCCAAAAAAAUAAUUAUCUCAACAAAGUUUGAUUGUGACCUUGCUAUUUUGGAAGAUGCCCUCACAUCUUUCUCAGAGGUAGAAAUUGUUGGUAUAACGGGGGAAAGACUAGGUAGAGUGGCAAGCCAACGCAAAACAAUAAGGGCCACCCACCUGGAUUUAGCAAGCACAACAACCACCUGGAAGCAUUUCACGAGUGCCAUUAAUAUUCUACUCUCCUCCUCUGUGAAACAUCUCAGUUUCACUGGGCUAACAUUCAACAACAUGGAGGUGGGUAGCAAAGUGAGCCUCUUGUCAAAUAUGGAAUCUUUGAGUGUGAGACAAGCGAUUGUGACAGUGUUUAUAUUUUCGCAGCAAAUGCUGUAUGAUUUCAUAAUCAACACACCUGUCCGAAACCUCACCGUCGCACAGUCGCCAAUCAUCCACAUGACCUGUCCAGAAACACGCUCCCCCAUUCACAUGCUGGAUCUCUCUGAUUGCGCGCUGUCUGAGAAGGUCUUCUCUCGGGGCGGAGGAAGUGAGAGUGUGAUCGAGUGUGACACUCUAGUAAGUUUGGAGAUCUUGUUGCUGAAGGGGAACAACCUCCAGGAUUUGCAGCAGCUUAGUAGCAGAGUUCAGCUCAUGGAUUCCCUGGGGUACCUGGAUUUAAGCCAGAACAAACUGACAUAUCAAGGUGAGCAGGGUGAUUGUGUGUGGUCUUCAAAUAUUGUACAUUUGAAUUUGUCUUCAAACAGCUUUGACAGUUCAGUUUUUCACUGCUUACCCAAGACCGUAAUCGAGUUGGACCUCCAAAAUAAUGAUAUUACUGUUAUGAAAACAGACAUUUUGAAACUUGAGUCACUUGAAAUUUUGGAUCUGACCAACAACAGAUUUCACGAUAUCCCAGACUGCACUGCUUUUCCAAAUCUGCAGAGAUUACUGGUCAGAGGAAACUCCCUCCAGUCUCCUUCUCUAGACUUUCUGAGGACUUGCCCCAAGCUACAGGAUCUAGAUGCCAGUCAUAACAGCUUCAUCUGCACUUGUUCCUUGCGAGGGUUCGCAUCUGUAACAGGAGAGACAAUGGCAGCACAGAUCAGACUGCUACACUGGCCGAGAAGUUAUCACUGCAGCUACCCAGAGGCUUGGAAGGGAACUCUCCUGAAAGACUUCAGCCUUCCAGCGAUUUCCUGUAGCACAGGUCUUCUUGCAACCACCAUUUUGGUGCCAGCGGUCGCCCUAGUCAUCGCAGUAGCAGUACUUUGUCGACAACUGGAUGCUCCAUGGUACAUGGGUAUGAUCUGCCAAUGGGCCCACACAAAACAUAGAGGAAGGGUGAAUCGGGACAGACCAGAGGACCUGCAGGGGGUGAUCUUUCAUGCCUUUGUUUCCUACAGCCAACGGAAUUCGGAGUGGGUCAAAGGCCAGCUCAUCCCGAAACUGGAGGGCGGGGAUGCAGGCGCCGCCCGUCACGGUCUCCGCGUGUGUCACCACGAACGAGACUUCACACCUGGGAGGCCGAUCGUGGAGAACAUCCUGCAGUGCGUGGAGAAGAGCCGGCGCUGCAUUUUCGUCCUUUCCCUGGACUUCGUGCAGAGCCAGUGGUGUCACUACGAACUGUGCUUUGCCAACCACCAGCGUGUGGCCAGGGGAUUUGACAGUGUGAUGCUGAUUCUUCUGGAGCCUCUGCCUCUUUACCUCAUCCCUUCCAAGUACUACCAGCUCAGAAACAUGAUGUCCAGGCGCACCUACUUAGAGUGGCCACAGGAGAGGGCAAAGCAGGUGCUGUUCUGGGCCAACCUCCGGGCAGUCCUGCAGGCCAACCUGCCCACUGAGCCUCCCUGGAGAGAUGGGUGAGGGAUGGUGGGAGGAAAGCAGUGUUGCUAGCAGCGUUAGCAUUUCUCACUGACUUCCACAAGCCCAUGUCCACCUCUCAGUGUGAUGUGCGUAUGUGAAUUUGUCGGAACGUCUCUUUGUAAGUGGCUUGUUUUUUUUUAUUACGGAUGGGUCAGGUUAAAACUUCAGUGACAGAUUAUAGA